UGAUAUUGAUGAUCAAGAUAAUCAAGACAACUAUGGGAGUGAUUUGAGCAGCAACGAUGCCAAUGAUAUUGAUGAUCAAGAUAAUCAAGACAAUUACGGAGGUGAUCAGAGCAAUAGUAACAACUACAGGACUUAUAAGGGGAGCAACUACAAGGUUCAUCAGAACCAUGAUUAUGACUAUCGAGAUUAUCAGGAGAACAACUACGAGAGUGAUCAGGGUAACGAUUACGAUUAUGGAGAUGAUCAGGACAACAAUGACGGAGAUUAUCAGGACAACAGCUACCGAGAUGAUCAGGGCAACGUUUACGAUUACAUGGAUAAUCAAGACAACAAUUACGGGAGUUAUCAGGAGAACAACUAUAGGGGUGAUCAGGGCAACAAUUACGACUACGGAGGGAAUCAACAAAAUAAUUAUGAGAAUUAUCAGGAGAACAACUACGGGGUUAAUCAGGACAACAAUUACAAUAAUCAAGAAAAUAAUUACGAAGAUUAUCAAGAGAACUACGGGGGUGAUCAGGGCAACAAUUACGACUACGGAGGGAAUCAACAAAAUAAUUAUGAGAAUUAUCAGGAGAACAACUACGGGGUUAAUCAGGACAACAAUUACAAUAAUCAAGAAAAUAAUUACGAAGAUUAUCAAGAGAACUACGGGGGUGAUCAGGGCAACAAUUACGACUACGGAGGGAAUCAACAAAAUAAUUAUGAGAAUUAUCAGGAGAACAACUACGGGGUUAAUCAGGACAACAAUUACAAUAAUCAAGAAAAUAAUUACGAAGAUUAUCAAGAGAACUACGGGGGUGAUCAGGGCAACAAUUACGACUACGGAGGGAAUCAACAAAAUAAUUAUGAGAAUUAUCAGGAGAACAACUACGGGGUUAAUCAGGACAACAAUUACAAUAAUCAAGAAAAUAAUUACGAAGAUUAUCAAGAGAACUACGGGGGUGAUCAGGGCAACAAUUACGACUACGGAGGGAAUCAACAAAAUAAUUAUGAGAAUUAUCAGGAGAACAACUACGGGGUUAAUCAGGACAACAAUUACAAUAAUCAAGAAAAUAAUUACGAAGAUUAUCAAGAGAACUACGGGGGUGAUCAGGGCAACAAUUACGACUACGGAGGGAAUCAACAAAAUAAUUAUGAGAAUUAUCAGGAGAACAACUACGGGGUUAAUCAGGACAACAAUUACAAUAAUCAAGAAAAUAAUUACGAAGAUUAUCAAGAGAACUACGGGGGUGAUCAGGGCAACAAUUACGACUAUGGGGAUAAUCAGGAAAACAGUUACAGAAGCAAUGUGGGUAACCAUUACGGUGGUAAUCCGGAUAAUAAUAACAACUACGGGGAUUAUGAGGAAAACAUCUAUGGGGAUAACCAGCACAACAAUUAUGGGGAUUAUCAGGAGAAUCACUACGGGGGUUAUCACGAUCAUAAUUACAACUAUAGGGAUGAUCAAGAGAACAAUUACGAGGAUACUCAGGACAACAAUUACAUAAAUUAUCAGGAGAACAAUUAUGAGAGUGAUCAGGGCAAUAAUUACGAUUAUGGGGAUUCUAAGGAUAACAAUUCCGAUUACGGGGAUGAUUAGGAAAAUUAUGAGGAUGAUCGGAAAAUUAUGUGUUUAUUUGAAAGUUCUUUAUAUUAUUUGAUAUUUAUUCUGAUUGUAUGCCACUCAACUAAGAUGUUAUAUGAUUUAAUAUUUUUAAAAAAUUAUAUU